AUAAUCUCACCGUCCAAGCAUUUACUGGCAAUGACAAAGCAAAGAGAUUGAAAAUGCCAGGGAAUAGACUAUUCUGAAUGGUAAAGAAUCUCCAUCCCCUUUAUAAGACUGCACAAAUCCCAUGCAUAUGUUCAAACUUUAAACACCACUCAUCAGCCAACUCCACACCAUCACCUCUUCCCUGCAUCCAAAGACACAACACAGCCAGAAUGGUUUCUCUGGAAACUGUUCAGGUGAUUCCCAGAUCUGUCGAGCCAACCUUGAGCCCGCGGAUUUCUUUCUCUUCUGAAUUCCUUGAUGAGGAAAACUUCAUCUCCAUUAGCCCAAACUCAUCGGGUGAAGCAGAGCAUGGAGCUGACCGGGACAAAGUGCGUGCUGCUGAAUUCGAGUUUCUUUCAAGCACUUUGACUAGCCAAACCAUGCUAACUGCUGAUGAGUUAUUCUAUGAGGGAAAGUUACUUCCCUGUUGGGAAUUGCAACAUUCGGAGAAACUCAGCAAGAUCAGUCUCAAGGAUAAAGACACCGAGGAGGAAGUGGAAGGGGAAGGAGGGAACAAGGAAGAGAGCAGGGUGAGUUGGUUUGUUGACGAUGAUCCGUCUCCUAGGCCACCUAAGUGCACUGUUCUAUGGAAAGAAUUGCUAAGGUUGAAGAAACAGCGAGCAUCAUCUUUGUCACCAUCAUCAUCUACUUCCUCUUCCCUGUCAUCAUCUUCCUCUUCGAGCUCACUUGGUGAUUUGCCCCCCAUUGAGGAAGGGAAGGAAAGGUCAGAAAACAGAGAGAAACAUGUCAAGAGGAUUAAGAAAGGGUUGGAGAGGACAAGAUCAGCCAGCCUAAGAAUAAGGCCUAUGGUUAAUGUACCAAUUUGCACACAAGGGAAGAACAAUUCCCUGCCUCCUUUGUUUUCUCUAAAGAAAGGCAGAGUAGAUAGGUGAGGAGGAAGCAUUAACUACUUGUUGGUUGCACGUAGAAUUGUCCAAUAUGUUCAUCUCUUUCAUAGUUCAAUUCUAGUUUACUUUAUCUUCCUCCUCUUUCAUGUCUGUGUUUAUUAUUGCUUGAGUUAUAUGUGAUGAACUAGAAUGUAAAUCCCGACUUCCAUUUCUGUAUGAUUCUGUUAACAAAUGAUUCAUCUGGUC